AUGCCGAAUUAUAUGAAUCAGGCUGAAAUAGCAAAGGAUUGGAAGUAGAAGAAGGAGGCUAUUGAUUGGCUCUGCACUUUUGCAAAAAAAGAGGCUCAAGCUUUGAAUGGCCAUAAAUAUUCCAAUAAGUUCUUGGAUUUGUUGUGUAAACUUAUAGAUGAUGGAAAUAAAAACAUAGCUCUGUAUACCUGCGAAUAGUUCAUCCAAUUAGUUGAACCACUUAAACUUCCUCUAUAAAACAACUAUGUUAACAUAUGGAAUGGGGUCUUUAAAGUUGUCUCGUCGACAAAUAACUCAGUAAGGUAAUCAGCUGAAUCACUAUUUCACGAACUUAUGAUACAUAUUGACAUUCAAUAUUCAUUACCUUAAAUCUAACAUCUCAUAUUGUAUGGUCCAGCCAAAUCUAAAGGCAUAGCCAUCACAAUGUUAGCAAAUUUUGUAUAAUAAUUUUAUGAUGAACGACCGUAAUUAGUGGUGAAACACCUUGUACCUUUGGCUAAGAAGUUACAAGAGGAAUAGAAACCAGACAUUAAAAUAGCUUCCUAGAAACUAUUCUAAGCAUUGGUCUCUACAUGUCCAAACGAUGUCGCUCAUUUGAAGUUAUUAAAAUGA